AUGCGCCAAAUCCCGGCUUCAGGAUUGGGAUCAUCGGCGACACAAGUCCUAUCCCUGCCGGAGUGCUCCAGAUACGACGGUCAUAGGCGGGCCGCGCGGCAGUUGUCGCCCAACGGCAGACCCUCCCAGGGCCCGGGAGGCCCACCGCGGCGGGGAGUGAGGUCAUCCCGUGGAUGCUGCAGAAACGGCAGCUUGGGGUCGCUUCGGCACCGUCAGACCGAGGCUUCAUUCGGGGAGCGACUUGACGUCCAGAUCCAGGGCAAAGAGGACUUCGCUCCUCAACCGCGGUACAGAGAACCGACUGUCCGUGGCAUUUUCGCCGAACAGCCGAGCAAUCACACCUCGCAUCUACCACAUGAGCGCGUUCGGCACAAACGGCCGAUGGUUGUCGGAUCUGAACCUGGAAGGAGGCAAGAGGCUGCUUGGCGCGGGAAAACAGCGGAAACGAACUCGGGAGGUUACGCUAGCGCCGGGUUUUGUCCGCCCAGUGGAGCCAACGUCGUCACACUGCCUACCUCUACCUACCAGGUUCCAAGCUGGUUCGUCCCCAGGACCCUACGGCCCUACGAAAGCAAGCACAAGCGGUCGCCGAGUUCCGGGCAGCACCUCAUCCAGCGUGCAGUCAGCAAUUUCCAAGUGCUAACGCAAGGCGAGUCGGUUCUUUGGUCGAUAGGCGGUUUGAAUUUCUGGGUAAAAGCCGCCCUAACGUCGAUGCCGAGGCGAGUCUCAAUCAAGUUCAGUCCCGAUCUCAAGUGCCACAUUGCUGCGAGUCGCCGAUGGCGAUUCACGGCGCCACCAAAUCUCCCUCCCGCCAUCGGCCCCCACUCCGAAGGGCCACAGCAACUGAUCCCGCUGUCCUUCACGCCGGUUCCGAGUUUGGGACCUGACUCGUGGCGAGGGAGGCGGAUCAGCAUUGCCAAAGCCGCUCUCGGUCCAUCAGAGGAAGCGGCCCCGCCCCGGACGGGGCCCAGCCGGCGACCUCAAGGGGGAACACUGUGCCAAUUGUCACCUUGGGGCUUUCCCUUCCGCGAGAAGGUGACCUUGAGCCUCUCUGGCGGUACAGGAUUGGGACAUCGGGCGCUUUCUUUGGAAAACCGCCGCUUUCCUGCUACUCCCACGACCUGCCCUUGCGUCGGGUUGGACGGAGUCAUGCAGUGA